UGGGAUUACUCAGUGGCGAGAGAGACAUCAAGGAGAGCCCAGAGCGGAGCAGGGAGACGGCACCAUUCUCUGAGCUUUGGUCCACUCUGCCUGGGAGGGUAGAGCUCUAACCAGAUACACUGCAAGCAUCAGAAUCGGGAUGAACAUCGAGGUUGGGAACGUUUCUUAUACGGGAGCCAUCAUCUCCUGGUCGUCCUCGGAGCCCUGCCUGGAGGACUAUUACCAUAUUAUGUACAGGCCCAACUGGAACAGCAUCUUCUCUGGCUAUCUUCGCUACAGCUUCCACCACGAGGAGAAGGUGCCUCGAACGAUCAGCUCGGUGGCGCUGGAACACCUGGCCCCUUCCACGCUCUACUUCCUCUGCAUCAGUUGUAAGAAGGUUGCCUUCCCCUACAGGCACUACUGCACCAUGUUCCACACCUUGGAUAAGAGUCCGCUGGCUGCUGGCAGCUCCCUGGUGGAUCCGCAAAUCUCCCUUUGGGUGUUGAUGGCCAUCCUGCUGGCCUGCUUCACGGCUGUCUUGGCCUUCAUCUGCCUCCAGUUCUGGUGCAUCCGUUGCCAUGAGCCUCGAUGGUCUUACAGAGCUGGCCACAUGGAGGAAGCCAAUGGGCUAGUGAGAUGGCCGGAGGAGGCCCCAGCCCUUGGGCAGAGGGAGGAAGACCUGCAGGGGCUUCCCCUGGUAGAAAUGCCACGCAAGAACUCUGGAGCAGAAGCUGGGGCAGAACCUGAAGCCCUGCAGGAUGCCCCUGAUGAGGAAGCCUUAGCCAGGGAGGGAGGGGAUCAACCUGCCAUAUUGCCUCACUUCAGGGAAUGAGAGGUGGGGAGGAGAUGGCCCCCAUCAUGUAGCCGACCCCACUAUACACACAGUAGGCCUUUUGUAAAAAAUGUGUCUAUAGCCUCCCCAUCUCUCUUCCCUUAAAUGUCAGUGCCAUUGUGGAUCCCCUGGGUUGGACGAAUGCCUGAUGAUGAAGUUCUCAACCUGGAACAUGGACUCCCUGGGUGUGCCAAGGGGCCAACGUGGUAUCUCCUCAGUGUGUCCACUGGGGGCCCCAAUUAAGAAUUGAGGCAUUAUUUUUAAUAUGAAAUCAGACGUGGACAAAUUGUAAAGUAAAAAUUUGCAUGACUUAAAUUAAAACACAAUACUUGAAGAAAUGCCUGUGUUGCAAGUGGGCUCCUUGAGCCAUGUUUUCAUUCACUCUUUUGGAAAAGGGUGAGAAGCUUCUCCCUGAGCGUUUCCCAGCUUUGAGGCAGUCAGAGGUCACUUUACACUCCACCUUCAUUUUUUUAUUAAACCAUGAACUAUCUUUAUUGUCAUUACUAACAACAUUUUUCUUUAAAUUGAUUCAUUUUUAAAAACUUAUUUAAGCCUUUUAUCACCCCAUAAAUGAAAAACCAGUACCCUCUGGCUAUAAAUAGAAGGAAGGAGACAGGAAUAUAAAUUUAAUGAAUCCAAAAUAAUAUUCAACUUAUCUUGGCCACUCUCACCUGACAACGACUCUGAGCUUUAGAUCUGCUCUCUUGUGUUUGAUUUAAAAAAAAAAAAGGGAUGGGGAAUCAGACAGUGUUGAAGAAGUAUUAAAGACAUGAGUAACAAUGUAAGACCUGUGUCUUAAUCUACUUUAAGGCUUUAAAGUAAAUUGAAAAAGGAGGUACUUUUUGCUUUGAGUCAAGGUUGCUCUGGAGAAGUCAACUGCACUCUCCCAGCAUCACCCUAAGACCUUCCAGGAGCCCGCCCUGAGAGCCGAGUGGUAGGAACUCAUCUGUGUUCAUCACACUUCUAAAUCCAGAGCUCCCAAGCUGGAGGAGGACCUUUCUCACACGCUUCUAUCAUGUCAUUGGUUCCUCUUGUAGGGCCAUCUCUCUUUACUUUUGAAAAUGGGGUCAAAGUUGGCUCUUUUAAUUCCAUCAGAAAGAAAAAUGACACAUUUCACCCUUUGGUGGUGUUCUUCCACAUCAGCCCCCGUGGUAGUAAACGAAUCUCCUACACGUGUUAGGGUACCCGUGAGGCUCUGUGAACAGUUCCCCAGCUCCCACCCAGGUGUGGAAAUGCAAGUCCAGGAGGGUAGCCAUGUCUGCCUCAUCCCUAACGCAGCUGCAGUGUGCAGAAUCUCGUCUGUGUUUGGCCUAGGACAGGUGAAGAGUCUGUUUAAGGAAUGGAAAGAAGGCUGGACGGCACCAUCUGGGAGGGUCAGUGAGCAUCAGGAUGCGCACAUGUGAACUGCAGCAUGACGAAGACCUGUCUCUCAGCUCCGGCUCCAGCUAUCUGCCAGUUCCUUCAAAGCUUCACCCACCCAACCUUUUCCCGUCUGCAAAUCCAUUACAGCUACGGAGCACACAAUCCCAGAAUCACUGGACAACACUGCAACAAAUCAACUGAGAAACAAGAGGGGCUGGGAGACUGAGAUGAGAAGGCCCGCCGCCCCACUUGCCUGCCCCGCUCAAUGCAGUCCUCAAUGCACAGAUCCUGCCCAGCACCCAGCACCCAGGUCUCUGUCACCCCCAUGCCU